AUGCAUGCCAAUGCCAAAGACCUUUAUUCAAACCUUUUUGAGUACAUCCAUGAGCUUGUAGGUGACAGAGUGCCUGCAUUAAGACUCGUAAAUACGCUGGUUAAGGCGGAUGUACCUCUUCAGACCUUUGUAACUGCAGUUAAGCUCUACAAAAUGAUAUUAAACAGGAUCAAUCGCGUAGAGAUGUGGGGCGCAGAUAGCUGUGGGGUGAAUUUCCGUAUUUUAAAGCGUAGACCUUUUUUGGAUAGUAAUAAUUUUGAAAUUUUAAGAAACCAGUAUUUAAUAUUCCUAUCCUGCUGUGUGAUUGCAUCAAAAUACUAUAGAGAUGUAGCCUUUACAAAUGAAAGUUGGGAACUGGUCUCUGAAACCGAUAAAAGAAGCCUGAAUGAGGCAGAAAGAGUGUGCUUGAUGGCACUAGACUAUCAGGUCAGCGAACAGGGCGACGGAUCGGUUCUCGAAUCGAUUUUGAAAAUACUAAAUAACUCGGGGAUAUUGCUAAAUGAACGAAACACGGGGCCAAUCAAGAGAAUCAAGGUUUUAGUCCGUAAGGUCCUGUGUUUUUCAUAG